AGGGGUGCAGGGCGACGCCCGGCCCGAGGUCCCCUCAGCAGACAUGGAGGAGGCCCCUCUGCUUGGCGGGAUGUCCAGUCCCGAGGAGAUGGUGACAGACCUUUUCAGCGCAGACAGUCCGUUUGUUUCCGAAAACCUCACCCUGAGAGACCCGGUGGUGGUGAAGCACGAGGAGGGCGAGUUCCACAUGUUUAAAGACGCGUACCUGAGCCCCGCGGACCCCACGGAGCCCCUCCUGCACGCGUUCAGCCCCCCGCUGCAGGCGGACUGUGAGACCCAGGGCAGAGCGGAGCUGGGGGGGGGCGACCACGCCCAGGAGAUGCUGGCGGAGUACCCCGGCCUCCCCGACCUCAGCCCCCUGGAAGACGCCGUCCUGCCCGUGGCCCCGCAGCCCCAGGCCUACAACGUCCACUUCCUGUCCUCCCUGCUGGCCCCGCACAGGAGUCCCGCCGUCCUGCCCCUGGGCGCCUGGGCCAGGGAAGGAGCCGCCCACCCCGGUGUCCGGGUGAUUCCAGUGGAAAUAAAGGAAGCCGGUGGCGCAGUUGUAAGUAACAACCCAGAGGAGGCAACUUUUCAGAACGCUCUUGGCCCCGAACCCUGUCACACGUUUGAGUCAUCCCAGGAAGCAGAGGAGGCCGCCGGCUGCUCUCUCAAGAAAGACUCUAACCCAAUGGUGAUAUGUCAGUUGAAAGGGGGCACACAAAUGCUGUGUGUAGAUAAUUCUGGCACGAGAGAGCUAAAAGCACUUCAUUUGGUUCCUCAGUAUCCAGACCAAAAUAAUUACCUACAGUCAGAUGUCCCUAAACCAAUGACUACUUUAGUAGGAAGAUUUUUGCCAGUCCCAGCAAAAUUAAAUCUCGUUACACAACUCGAUAACGGAGCCUUACCAUCCAUAGUCAACGGGUCUACUGUCCCUUCGGGAUCCACCCUUCCAGGACCACCCAAAAUAUCUUUGGCUGGGUACUGCGAAUGCUUUGCCAGCGGGGACUUUUGCCACAACUGCAACUGUAACAAUUGCUGCAACAACCUGCAUCACGAAGUCCAGCGGUUCAAGGCCAUUAAGGCAUGUCUCGAUAGGAACCCAGAAGCUUUCCAGCCAAAGAUUGGGAAGGGGAAGCCGGGAGACGUGAAGCCUCGGCACAACAGAGGCUGUAACUGCAGGAGGUCAGGCUGCCUUAAGAAUUACUGUGAGUGCUACGAGGCCAAAAUUAUGUGUUCUUCUAUUUGCAAAUGCAUUGGUUGCAAAAAUUAUGACGAAGGCCCAGAAAGGAAAACCCUAAUGAGCAUGCCCUACCAUCCGGACGCUGGAGGGUUUGAAGGCAGCCCUCAUUUGUCACCAACUGAAUCCGCGGGACUGCCGCAGUUCAGAAAAGACAGGCGGCCCUCGUGCAUCUCCUGGGAGGUGGUGGAAGGCACGUGCUCCUGCCUGCUGGCCCAGGGCGAGGAGGCCGAGAAGGAGCGCUGCUCGGAACGCCUGGCGGAGCAGAUGAUCCUGGAGGAGUUCGGGAGGUGCCUGUCCCAGAUCCUCCGGAUGGAGUUUCAAUCCAAAGGGUUGGAAAUCGAGUAGAGUUCGGUGGAGAAACUCUGAAGGCACAGAGACGUCGUCUGGAUGUGCCGGGGGGGAGGCGAGCCGGAGUUUGGAAGGGUUGUUUAAGGGGCUGCGGGGAAGGGGGGCAGCUUUCCGUCCGCAUCAGGGCGCCGAGGGGGCCGGCGCAGGGGCCGAGGGUCUCGGCGAUCAAAAGCCCCCUUUUUGAGGAAGUGCGGACGUGACACGCUGCUGUGUGGCCCUGGGGAGAGGGCGAGGACUCCUGUGAUGUCGGGAGAAGCCUCUGCCCCGACGCCGAGGGAGGGAGGGUUGAAGGCUCUGCGGAGAAGUCUGUCCGUUCCUCCUGACUUCACCCCGUCUGGGCGGUUUUCCUCUGGAGGCUUCUCUGCCUAAAGAGCCACGGUGAGUUUUCGCUAGUAGUAUUUUGAAAUUAACUCUCCAGAUGGGCUGCUAAGAUACAACUCAGACUAGAGACGUACUGAAUACCUUGAGGCGUCCCUGAGCGUGGACACUUUCCCAGGGUUGCCCGCAAACUCUCCGUCUCUCUCAGGGCCCCCGUGAAACGCGGGCGGUGGGGUUGCGGGUUAUGGGACCAAAAACUAUCUAGUUUCUUAGGUGUUUUCAUCGGGUUGUGGAAAAGCUGUAUCAUCCAGUUAACUUUCUCCCUGGUUGUUGUUCUAAUAUUAUUCUUGUUCGUUAAAAUACCGUUAAGAUAACUGGUUUGCAGAAACCAGCAGGUGAGAUUGGUUAUUAAGUGGACUCUCUUCUGGUUCUGCUGUAAACAGCACAGAGGAUUAAAAUGUUCAACUGCCUCCCCUUGUUGUAAUUAACUCGGUCAGUGAACAUGUAUACCCGGCAGGUGUCCGUGUUUAUUGACAGUAUCGGGCCCUCAGAGCUCGUUUAGAAAGCUCGCUUACAAGCCGAGCGGUGCCGGAAGCGCGGAGCCCUUGGAACAGCGAGUUCUGACGGGGAACGGCAGAGCGGGAGGGAAACACCGAGUUCAUGGCCACUUCUUUCCCCCUCUGGCCCCUUGGGAUGGAGACUCCGUGGGCACAAUCCAGGGGCAG